AUGGGUUCUUGCUUAAUCUCUGACAGGUCUCUGCUCAAUAAUCUCCAGCCUGCCUUAGGAGCCUCCUCCUCCUUCUUCUUGCUCUUUGUCAGCUCUGCUUCUUCCACUCCUUCAACUUUCACUGCUGCUGCCAACAGUGAGAAACAAACAGAGGCUCUCCAGACAUGGAAAUCUAGCCUCGAAGGCCGUAGUCAAUCCCUCCUGCCUUCAUGGCGCGGCAAUGAUUCUUGCAACUUUGUUGGAGUCGCUUGCGACGACUACGGAACCAUUACCCGUCUCAAUCUUUCCAAUCUCGGUAUGAGAGGAACGUUAGGUGGCCUCGACUUCUCGCGCUUAGCCAAUUUAAUCAGUCUUGACAUCAGCAACAACAAGAUCUACAGCUCCAUCCUCGAGUAUCGUUUGAAUGGUUCAAUCCCUUCAUCGAUCGGAAGCCUGACCAAUUUAACUAUAUUAUGCCUCGGCGACAACAACUUGUUUGGUUCCUUGCCUCCUGAAGGCCCGUUCCGAAAAGCUUUUGGAAUAUAUCCAGAGCUGAAUUUCAUAGACUUGAGCCACAGUUAUUUGUAUGGUGAUAUUCCUAGUGAAAUAGGGGUUUUAUCCAAACUGGAACGUCUCAACCUGGCAUCAAACAUUUUGAGCGGAUCAAUCCCUGCACGACUCUUUCAGUGCACAAACUUGCUGAGCUUGAACUUGAGCAAAAAUGACCUCAAGGGAAGCAUUCCUCCCAAGAUAGGCAAUGCGCAAUUCCUAGACGUUCUUGAUUUGAGUCGGAAUCUAUUGACUGGAAGAAUACCACAAGAGCUAGGAAAGCUGAGAGUCCUCGAAACCAUGGAUGUCUCCCACAAUGGCUUGUUUGGUUCCAUCCCACAUACUUUAGGUGAUAUGUUAGCUUUAACUAUUGUUGACAUAUCCUACAACAACCUUGAAGGUCCUCUCCCAAAUGUCAAAGCUUUUACUGAGGCUCCAUUUGAGGCAAUUCGACAUAACAAGAGACUCUGUGGGAAUGUCGUUGAGUUGGCUUAUUCUAUUCCAACUGAAAAAUGUGAUGUAUAUAGCUUUGGUGUCGUCGUGUUAGAGACGAUCAUGCGAAAGCAUCCUGGAGAUUCCGUCUGUCGGGAAUGUUCAUCCUCUUCCGAAACUGAGUUGCCACCUCUGUUGAAGGACAUGCUAGAUCAACGUCUCACGCCUUCUAGAAUUCGACUUCGAGAAGCAGAAGACGUGGUCUCUAUUGCAUGGCUAGCAUUCGCGUGUUUGCAAGCCAACCCGCAGCUUCGACCUACCAUGAAACAAGUUUCGCAGGAGCUCCACGCUCAGGUACCCUUGGAUAUGCCAUUCUCUGCAGUCAGCUUAGAGCAACUUCGUGAUCUCAAUGGCAGGAGAUUUCGAGCAUCGGAAGGAGACUGUAAGUUUUGA